AUGUCAUUCCGCGAUUGGAAGAUAGUGCGGGUGCUGGCCGGAAUAGCGAUGCGGAUAUGGGCCGCCAGCGGUGCCGCAUUGUUGUCCGCCUUCCUGAUCUACAUGGUGUACGGUGGCUUUUUUGCGUUUCUUCUGCUUUUAUUUGCGGUGUCGGGCAUCCUGUACCAUGCACAAGACAACCUUCUGUACCAUCCAGAGCUGCCAGCCAAUUCGCGUAUAUUUAUACCCGUUCCGUCGAUGCACGGAUUGCCUUACGAAACGUUGCACCUGAAGACGCGAGAUGCCGUAUCUCUGCACGCCUUCUGGAUUCGGCAUCCAGGCGACAAGGGUCGCUACGUACCGACCAUAGUGUACUUUCAUGGAAAUGCCGGUAAUAUGGGUCACCGGUUGCAAAACGCUAGCGGCUUCUACCACACGCUACAGUGCAACGUGCUGAUGGUGGAGUACCGUGGGUACGGUCUGUCAACGGGGACAGCGAGCGAGAAGGGUUUCUUUGCCGAUGCUCGUUCGAUACUGGAUCAUCUGUUUAGCCGGCAUGAUUUAGACCACGGGCAGAUAAUAGUAUUUGGCCGUUCGCUCGGCGGUGCCGUGUCGAUCGAUCUGGCCGCUGAUGCGGUGUACGGUUCGAAGAUCAUGGGUGUGAUUGUGGAGAACACGUUCACCAGCAUACCGGAUAUGGCGGUGGAAUUGAUACACCCGGCAGUGAAAUAUUUACCGCUGCUGCUCUACCGAAACCAGUACCUGUCCGUGGACAAAAUUCAGUUCAUUUCCGCCCCGAUACUGUUCGUUUCCGGCCUGGCCGACACACUAGUGCCUCCGAGGAUGAUGACGAUGUUGCACACGCGAUGUGGCAGCACCCGCAAACAGAUGCUGCAAAUUGUUGGUGGAUCCCACAACGACACGUGGGCCGUGAAUGGGUACUACCAGGGUGUAGCCCAAUUUCUUAAGGAGUGUAGAGAAACCAAAGGACCACUACAGACGCCCCCGGUAAGCCACAAUGUGUGGCCAAACAUUGAGGAAGUGUGA